AUGGCCACUACUACUCAUUUGUCGCCAAUUUUUAUACAGAUAACUUCUCAGUCUACACCACUAAACAUGAAUAGUUAUUCUUUGGUUGAAUUAAGCUCUUUUGGAUCUGAAAACUGGUGUCUAAAGUUACAACCUUCUUAUAAGCACGGACUUCUGACAGGGCUGAGCAAUGGUGAGAUAUGUUUGUUGGAUUGGAAUACCGGAAAGCCGUUGCAAAAGAUCAGAGCAAGCGAGACGGCAAUUAACGAUAUGAAGGUCAUUGACAGCGACUUUGUUGCAGGGAAUCUAAUUAGUAGCGCCUCUAUUGACUCUGUGAAGGUUUUCGACAUAAGAUCAAAUGACUGUGUUGCAAAAAUUAACAAUGAGACUAACUCUCCUUUUCUCUCUUUGGAUUCCCGUCAUGGCCUACUAGCUUGUGGUACAGAAUUACAUGGUAUCGAUGCUACUAUACAUAUCUAUGACGUUCGCAAAUGGGAUACUCCAUUAAGAUCGUUGGUUGACUCUCAUCAUGACGAUGUCACUUGCAUUAAGUUUCAUCCUUCUGAUGUCAAUGUUUUGCUUAGCGGAUCAACUGAUGGAUAUACUAAUAUUUAUGAUCUGAAACAAGAUGACGAGGAAGAUGCUUUACAUCAAGUCAUCAACUACGCGUCGAUCCACUCCUGCGGAUGGCUAUCUCCAAAGAGAAUAUAUACUCUAUCGCAUAUGGAAACAUUUUCAGUUCACGAAUUGAAUGACAAAUCUGACGAGUUGAAAGAGCCACAGCCUUUAGACUUUGGUGAUAUUAGGAAAGCAUGGAAUUGUGAUUAUGUAGUAGACGUCUAUCCUGGCUUUAUCGCUACCGGCAAAACUCAAGAGGGUGCAGGAGAGCUACGCCUGUUACCAUUCAAAGAUGAGAAGAUAGAUAUAGAAAAUGGAGUUGUAAUCCCACAUGCACAUGGAGAUGAAGUAGUGAGGGAUGUCCUUGUAUCAGCACAAAAUACCGAUGUUUUAUAUUCUUGCGGUGAGGAUGGUUGUGUCAAAAUUUGGAAAAACAAUCUGGGGCCCCUAAAUACACCGGAAAGCUUCUGGGAUUAUUCUGAAAGAAUGAGUGUUUUAGAAGAUGAGAACAAAGAAGCCCCAACAAGCCUAGAGGAGCCUUUGAUUAUUCAAAAAGAAUCGGUGACUACGAAACCCAAAAAGGAAAAGCACAAGAAAAGUAAGAAGCAUUCCAAGAAGAGUCGUUUUAAACCUUAUUAG